AUGUAUCGAUCAACCAAGGGAGCGUCAAAGGCUCGGAGGGACCAAAUCAACGCGGAGAUUCGGAACCUGAAGGACUUGCUUCCCAUCUCCGAUGCGGACAAGGCACGACUCUCAUACCUACAUAUCAUGUCCCUUGCCAGCAUGUACACCAGGAAAUCGGUCUUCUUCUCUCAAGGUAAGCCCCGAUUUAGUUUAUAAUCGACAAGUUCAAACUCAGUGUAUAAUCCAUAGCCUACCUGUUUAUACAUAGCAACAACAACAAAAAUGUUAAUGAAACAUAUACUGACGGACUGUUGCUUCAAUCUGUCUGAGCUAGUGGCAUGCUACGGUUAACUUUAUGCGUUGAAUCAACAGGUGCCAUAUGUCUUGUCGAAAGAAACAGUUGAUGAACUUCAUGUCUACAUGUGAAUUAUGUUGUUUAGGAAUACAUAUAAUGGAACAUUAUCGUGUUUUGCUUGAAGUUCUGGCGUGAAAAACCCUUUUAGAACUGUGUGUUGCUAUCCAGUUCUGAAACACGUAUAUCGCUGUCCGUGGUACUGAAAUCUAAUGCGCUUGUUCUAUAGCUAUUGCAGGGAGCAGAACCGUUGCAUUGGUGUUAUGAUGCUAUGAUGACAGAAACAUAUAUAUAUAUAUUUUUCAUAAUAUUUUGUUUUUAGAAUCGGGAUCUGCUGGCAGUCUCGAGGAAAGCGCGAGGUUCCUGUCUUUCCACGAGCUGUCAGAGCUGGUGCAGGAGAUACCUGGGUUUAUGCUCCUGUUGACCGGGGAAGGCAAGCUGCUCUACCUGUCAGACAGCGUCUCAGAGCACCUCGGCCACUCCAUGGUGAGUCCACGGGAGACCAUAUCAUGUCUAAAUAUCAAGCUAGUAAGUUAAUACAAAUUUAAUGACAAUAUGCUUAAUAUGAACUCCUCUUUCUCUAUCUUUCAGGUGGAUUUGGUUGCCCAGGGUGACAGUGUGUAUGAUAUCAUUGACCCUACUGACCACUUCAUCAUGAGGACCAACCUGGCCCCUCCUACGUCACCUGACACAGGUAAGACACGCCUCUAUAUUUCCAAUGGUACAGAAAAGCGUUACCAAUGGCUUGCAUUUAUAUCACUCAGAUCAUUUUUGAUAUUCACAAUCCCUCCUUGCCUCGUCUUUCUCUCAGAUCGUCUAUUCCGUUGUCGUUUCAACACUUCGAAGUCGGUGCGCAGGCAGAGUGCUGGGAACAAGCUGGUUCUGAUCCGGGCGCGCUGCCUGUCCCCUCCCUCCUCCUCUACCACCCCUAGCUCCUACUGGACAUCCAACCUCGUUUGGAUGUGCUUCUGUUCCCCUUUGGAGGCCAUCCCCACCCGCUCUGGCCCUGGGGGGGACCAGGUUCCUGCUCUGAUCCCUCCUGCUGCGGAGAACAACUUCUUCCUAGCCUCGUUCCAGUCUCAACACAGCCGAGACAUGAGGCUCCAGAACGCACAGGACAGGUGAGGUCACACCCACUAACAAGGCAGCCCCAACUGUUGCAUUAGAUCUUCUGAGUGAUACUAUAGUUAUGAAAUAGCAUUAACUUACCAUGUCUUCUCUCCAUCUUCCCUGCAGUGUCAGUGUUUACCUAGGCCUUGAUGUGUCAGCCCUGAGGUCUCGCUCCUGGUACAGCCUCCUCCACCCACAGGACCUGUCACACGCCUCUGCUCAGCAUUGCAGCCUGUGUAAGUACCAAUUCAGUGAUACCACACAACAACCACACAAUUACACUGUAUCCACUUACACCAUGAUGUCUGAUGUCGAUGUUCCCUCUUUUUUCCCCCCAUAGUGAGAGAGGGAGGAGAAGGUAGAUCUGAGAUGGUGGUACGGGUGGAGUCUGCAGACCAGUCCUGGGUCUGGCUCUACAUGGUACUGCAGCUGGAGGCAGGAGACAGCCCCAUCAGCAGCAACAACUACAUCCUUAGGUACUAGCUCUACCCUAUGACAGAUCAUCAUGACACAUCGUCAAGAGAUAUAAAGGAGAUGACUGAUUGCAAUAAGCACAAGGGAAUCUUACUAACCAUCUCCAUCUCUCUCUCUUUCUGUUUCUCUCUCAGUGAGGCGGAGGCGUGGUCGGUGAGACAGCAGCUGAGCACAGAGCAGACCCAGCUGACCCUGGUACUGAGUACCAGUACCUCCCGCCAGGACAGCCUGAGCCUGUCCAGCCCAGACCAAGUCUUCACCCCCAGCAGCAGUGGCCUCUCAGCCCAGUCCUUUGACUUCAGCAUGACUGUGUCCAGUGUGGGCUCCUCCGAUGAGACAGGUGGCGCCACCACUGAGCCCAUGCAAGUGGAGGGCGACCCUCGCUCUAGUAUUUCCUCUAUUGAGGAGGAGAGCUUCUUCCAGCAGCAGCAGCAGAUGCCUGCCCCUGUCCAAAGCCCAUCUGCUGCCUCCUCCCCCACCCCGGUUACCGUUGCCACGGUAGCAGACCUGGACUUCCUCACUCAGAACAUUCUCCUGCCCCCCUCCUUCCAGCUCGAACCUCCGCUGCCUGCCUUUCCCCUGCCCCUCCCCCCAGUGCCCACCUCCCAGGAGCAGCAGACCAAAGAGUUUGUGUGCACGCCCCCCUACACACCCCAGCUGGGCGGGGGCAGCUUCCUGUCCGGCGAGCCCCUCUUUAGCUUCGACCCCACUGGCACUACCACACCCCCUCCCUCCACCACCACAGCUACAGCCACCACCUCCAUUGCCACCUCCCUCUCCCCCUCCGCCCCACCCGCCCCACCCACCACAGCCUCCAGUCCUGCUCCUCCCUCCUCCCUGUGCCUCACUGGCCCCUCCACCGACCUGUUCUUCCCUGGUGAUCCCUGCAGUGGCUCUCUCUAUGAGAAACUACCCCCCACCCCUGACAGCCCUGGUGAUGGGGACUGCACAGUGAUGACCCUGCCUGAGGUUCGGGGACCCCUGUAUGUAGAUGUCCCUUUAGGGCCCCUUCACUACCCCCUCGAGGGCCUCCUCACCCCAGAGGCCUCCCCUGGUAAACAGCCCUGUCUCUCUUUCUUCUCCCUGGAGAGAGAGAGGGAGAAGGAGAGAGCAGAAAUCUCCCUCUUGGCUCAGCAUAUCAGCUCCUUAGCAGAGGGAUUCUACCUGGAUCCUCUCUUAUCCAAGCUAUCCCCUCCUUCCAUGUCCCCCUCCUCCUCCCCUCCCUCCCCCUCCCUCUCCCCAUCCCAAGACACCGCUGGUGUUGACUCUAUCCACAUGCUGGGAGAGUUUUACCCUGUUAAAGCGUGGAGAGGCCUGGACUUCCCCAUAUUCCAUGAUGAUGACUCUCUGUUUGAAGAGAGCAUCUUAGAAGCCCUUCUCCAGGACUUCUCCACCCCUCCGCCCCUCUCCCCCACCCCCUCCAUCCACCCGCCCUCUCCCCCCAACCCAGUGUGCUGGCACUCACCCUCCCACCUUGAGGGGGUCAGCCACUUCUGUAGCGUCCAAUCGGCGUACUGUAACCCCACGGCCGGGUGCGGGGUGACGUUGGCCGGCGAGGCUGGGGCGAUGGCAGAAGUGGAGGGGCUGGCAGAGGAGCCUAUGGAGAUCGAGGUGGCGUCAUCACCUCUGUCCUCCUGCUCCUCCAUCCCAGCAUCCCCUCCCCUGCGACUCACUGCCUCCCCCACCUCCGCCCCCUCCACGCCCGUCGACCCCUCUACACCCGCCGUGCCUUGCGCUCAGUCCCUCCUGGAGGAGCUGGCCGCCCUGGAACCCAUGUUUGGGGCAGGUGCCUCGAUCGCCCCCGGCUUGGGUCAACAACCUGAGUUGUAUCAACUCCAGUGUCACCAGCCGCCACAGUGCUUCCACAAAGGUGAGAAUCAUCUAGUUCACUUGUUCUACUGUCUUUCUCUGUUUGAUAAAUGGAUGAAUAUGUGUUAACCCUGAACAUACCAGACUAAUGCCCCUUUCUCUUUCUCUCUUGUGUUUUUCAGAUGGGAGUGGAAGUGUUCCUCCGUUCUAA